GAGAAAGGUGGGUCAGGUCGGUGGUUUGCCAAGCAAAUCCAACGGCAGCUGCUGCAGCUUCCAACCCAUACCAUACCAUUCGGUGUGAUGCUAUUCCCAAAACAUAGCUGCAUGCUACACUACACUACUUUACUACCACCACGACGUUAAACACAUACACAGACGACACACGAGUUUCCGUCACGCGGCCAGGACAGGUUAGACGGCUCGACGAACUGCCGACACGCUAUUCUAUUCAAUCCCAUACAGCAGCAAGCAUUCGGCAUCAAGCCGUGUAUCACUCAUUCCUGCCGGAGAGGAUCAGCCAGCCAGCUAGCCAGCUAUGGCUCCCACGCAGCUGCCUGAGAAUGGCAACCCUUUGGUCUUCUUUGAUAUCACGCUUGGUGGAGAGCCCCUCGGCCGCAUCACGUUCGAGCUGUUCAAGGAUGUCGUGCCCAAGACGGCCGAGAACUUCCGCCAGCUGUGCACGGGCGAGUACAAGGUGAACAACAAGCCGCAGGGCUACAAGGGCUCACGGUUCCACCGCAUUAUCCCCAAGUUCAUGUGCCAGGGGGGCGACUUCCUGCACGGCGACGGCACGGGCUCGACGUGCAUCUACGGCACCAAGAGCUUCGCCGACGAGAACUUUUCGCUCAAGCACGAGCACGAGGGCCUGCUGAGCAUGGCCAACGCGGGGCCCAACACCAACGGCUCGCAGUUCUUCGUCACCACGGUGCCCACGCCGUUCCUGGACGGCAAGCACGUCGUCUUUGGGAAGGUCGUCGAGGGGAUGGAUGUCGUCCGCAAGAUGGAGGCCACCAAGACUGGCCGCCGCGGUAGGGACGUGCCGGACCUGGACGUGAUUAUUGCGCAGUGCGGGGAGAUGUGAGGGAAUGGUGGGUGGAGGGCUGGCUGUUGGGGUCAUUCGGUUCACGGAGAUCAUUGCUCUGGUGCUUGAGAUUGGUUUUGAUCAUUCUCUCAUCUUGUGGGGUGGUGUUGCCGAGGAACAGCACACUGUCUCCAUGCUGCGCGGAUGACGAGGGCUUGGUCCGUCUGGCUUCGCCUCUUUCAGGAGUAAGUGGUCUGGAAAGAAAAUACCCCCCAAGGCUGAAACCAUUCAUGGUCGUAUUUUGACGGGAUCCCUCCCCUCACGCCAAAAUAAUAUCCUCUUCACUACCCAUGGCCAGGCCCACCCAGGCUGCUGCCGCCACUUUCCAGCGUGACAGCUCGGUACUUCUGGACCAGGUUGUCCAGCACGGCCCCGUUGAGAUCCUCCCCCUUCUUGACCACAGGCACAGGGAACCUCGACCGCGUGCGCAGCACCAGGUCAGCGUCAGCUUCAGCCCCGGCCCCGGCCCCGGCCCCCUUCCCCUCCCCCGCCGAGGAGC